AUGUCUGCGUGGAUUGCAGUUGUUCUGUGCUGCCACCUUUUAGUUAUCAGCGCAAAACCACUUGAGGAGAAAAAGGAAAGUAGUGAUGACAGUGAUAGUCUUCCCGAGUUUACUGACGCCAAAUUUGAGAGAUCAGUGAGCGAUCCACAGUAUUGGAGAGGGCGAUUAUCUGAUAACAAAGAAGCUUUAAACGAAGCUCAGUAUUGGAGAGGCCGCUUAUCUGCAGACCCUCAAUACUGGAGGGGUCGAUUUAGUGACGCACAGUACUGGAGAGGGCGUUUCUCUGAUAACAUGGAGGAAAAACGGGAGCCACAAUACUGGUUUGGCCGGUUCAGCCGAGGGGACCGAGAGCACCAGCUACGAGCCUUAGUUCCUGGUCGUUUUGGGAGAAAUUUUCAAGGCAGGUUUGGAAGGAAUUUUCAAGGGCGCUUCGGUCGUGAGAACAUGCAAGGACGCUUUGGUAGAGAAGAAAAUAUGCAAGGUCGAUUUGGGCGAGAAGAUGACAUGCAGGGUCGGUUUGGUCGUGAUUUCCAGGGUCGUUUUGGUCGUGAUGAAUUACAAGGACGAUUUGGUCGUGAGGAGGAGGACGAGCAAGGCCGUUUUGGACGCAAUUUUCAAGGACGAUUUGGGCGAGAAGAAGAUUUACAAGGACGCUUUGGUCGUGAAAAAAUUGCGGACGAUAAAGAACAGGGACGCUUUGGUCGAGAAGAAGAGGAUGACCUUGAAAAAAUUGAGAAAACUCUGCAAGCCGAAGAGGAUUCGAAGGAGGAAAAACGUGAGGAGGUUAGGAGUUUAGAAGAUUCCAAAGACGAGAGUUCAGAAUCUUAACAAUGGAAUUAAAUUGGUAAGUACAAAAAACACACACGUUUUAACGAGUUUUUGUAAGAUUCUAGCUGCUAUGUGGUUAAAAAAACUAUUAUAUAUCAUUCAAGUAUUGUAUUAGUACGUUCAAGUCAGGUAGUUUCAGUCGCAAUCGCCGAAAAGCUGAUUGCAGUGUGUUUUCCACUUUUUGAGAAACAGCCUGAAAUUCUUGUCGCUAGUUUCGUCGAUUCCUUGCUCAUAAGUUUUGAUCGAUUCAAGCCCAUUUACAUGGCUAUCGGAUUGAAAGCUGGAUUGUGUAGAUUAUCGGAGAAGAUGUGCAAUGCCACAUGUGAUAUCCUUUUGAAGAUAUCUACCACAUAAUGAAGAAACUUUUUAUUUAAAAACCUGCGAGAUAUUUUAAUUUUAUUUAUUAUAUUUUGCCAAAAAGUUGGAAGGGGGUUUGGUGCUUGAAAGAAUGCCUUAUAUCUCUUACAUCAAAGACUGCGGGUCCGUACUUCGCUCUGAGCCCCACCCCCUUCCUCAAGUUCUGGGUUAAUGAUUUUCCUUGAGAUGCUGAGAAAUCAUCCCGGCACAGACUAACAUGUUUGGUUUUAUGAAGUCAGAACAGCUAUAUCUUUUAGCCCGAACAUAACGUUCCCACCCACUGUUUUUGUCUGAGUGGUUGCUACGAAACAUUUAUUGUCGGGCUUGAUCCUUUUAAACGCCACUAUCUUAUUUAUGUUCAUUAAAUUUACGUGCGUGCGCACGAAAAAAUGACAUGACCCGUAGAAAGGUGCAACGGAUAAGAAGGAGAGAAUGAAAGGUGCACAUAAUCAUUGGUGGAUUCGGACGACAAGUUGCAGCAAGACGUUGCGGCCACUCGUCGCAGCGACAUAUCGUUUCUUGUGAAAAAUUUGGUCUCCGCAACAGAAGCUUGUCACCGCAACAAGUCGCACAAAAUCAAAUCAGACUGAAUUAGUGCGACUUAUGGCGGCGACAGCAUUCUGAUGUUGAGACAAAGAUUUCCAAAAAGAUUGUACCGUACACACGAGGCGAUUUGUCGCCGCGACGUGUCGCACAACAUGCUGCAGGAACUUAUCGCCCGACCUGUACACAUGGAGUGAUUUGUCGCCGCGAAUUGUUGCAGUGACAUGAUGCUGGUGUGUGCCAACCUUAGCUAAGACGAGGCGAGGCGAGAACCGUUCUCUGGCAAAAACGAAGUAUGUCGGCCUCUAGGUCUUACAGACCUCGGUUUUGAAAAGAAAAGGGGGAAAGGGUAGUUUUUCUUUUCAAGUCGCUUUUCUUUAUUUUCCAAUGUUGUAAUUUUGCAUUACAUGUAUUUUGAAUAUAUGUUUGUCAAUAAAGUAAUUUAACCAGAAAAAAAUAAAAAAGAAAAGAAAAGAAAAGCAAAGGAAAAGAAAAAAAAUUCGAGUCAUCUGUACAAGAGGUUUGGGUUACCGUGAGUAACACCUGUUUUCGGCCUUAGAUUUUCUGGGCACGAAACACAAGUCAAAUUACAGCAAACUAACUUUUAUGAUGCCCUUUUUUGCAGAAAUUUCAGUGGAAUGAGACGACAGAUCAAGAGUUAAUUUAUAAAUUCUUGAACAUUGCUUAUAAAUAUUAAAUAUGUAGUGAUGUGACAAAUAUCGGCCGGGUCUUGAUGACUGCACUCCAAUUAGAAAUUUAAUUGUUGCACAAAUUCACAUGUCCUUGUACAAAUCACUUUUCAUGUUACAAAUUUAAUUUUCUUAGUGGAAAUCCUUCUGUAUAAGUAUUAAUUACGUGCUUGUCAAUGCUAGUUAUGUUUAAGAGACUGAAAAUAUUCGUUAACUAAUAGAAUAAGAGUGAAG